AUGAAUGCUAUCAUCUCACUGUGCCAUUUCUGUGAGCUUCAUGGGCCAAAGAUUCUUUACUGUACACAACCUUUCCGACCACAAGAGCCCAAGCAGCUGAAUGGGGAGGAAACUGAAGUGAACAUUCCACACAGACUUAAAUCAGCAUCAAGUCAGACUUCUUGUACCAGUGCUGACAUUUUACCAGCAUCAUCAUCAGCAGCAGUAGCAUCGGCAGCUGCAGCUACCACAGUAAAGGAACAGUGUGAGGGCUGCAAGUCAGUACAGACAGGCUAUGUGAGCCAUGAUGAGGAGGCACAAGUCAGUUAUGUCAGCACACAGCAGCCUUACAACCCUCAAGUGUUCACUAGGAUCAGACAAGCCUGCAUUCGAAGUCUCAGCUCUGAGGUUUGUCCAGGCAGAGAGGGUCCCAUCUUCUUUGGGGACAAGCAGUGCGGCCAUGUGCUGAGCUACACAUUCUACGUCCCAGACAGCCAGGCUCGGGGCAUGCACAGAUGGUACUCCAUCAUUGUUGUCAUGAUGGACAAGAUCUACUUGCUCAACUCCUGGCCUUUCCUUGUGCCUCACCUACGAAUCGUCAUAGAGAAUUUACAGCAUAAGGCACAGAAAGUUUAUGAUCAAGAAGAAAGCAAAUGUCCACAGAGGCCCUACAGAAUGGGCGCCAGAGUGGAGCCCAUCAGUUUCAUCAAACAGCGAGGCGGAAACAAACCAGCUAGGUCCCUGCAAGAACUAACGGGGGACAAACAUGUCUUUCAGAUGCUACACAUGGCUUUUCUGUGGAUUCUCAAAGCUUGUGGAAGUCGUAUCACAGAGACCUUGUUGGAGGGGCCUCCCACAGAAGACACCAUCAUAGAUAUGGAGAAGCAAGAGGAAACCGAAGAAGGCUUCAUUAAAAUUUUUACUAGAAAAAUUGAUGAAGAUGACCUCGACUCAGAGAAUGCAGAUGAUCCUUUGUGUCCAGUGAUAAAAAAUCUCAGACAACUUCGAAAGGUGCUAGGCAGCUCUCAGUUCUUGACUUUGGCUCACCAUGUGGUUGUGGGUAACCAGGUGAUUGUUGUUGGUCGCCAGUGUCGUCUGGUCAAGUCCAUCCUUGAUGCUCUUAAGAUUCUGCUUCCCAAAGGUUGCUGUCGUGUGAUUGCUUACAGCAAGAGCUACCAGGAGUCAUGGAAGUGCAAUUUUCUUGGCCUGUCACCAGAUGUUUCUCUGAGCCAGCUUGUCAACUCCUCCGAAAUGUAUGUCCUGUUGGAAAUUGUCGAUAGGCGGCAGCAGCAGCAGACCCCACUGGUGACAAGUGGCGCGGCUUGUCUGGGUAUGCUGACAUGGGACACUCCGCCAGACGAGGAAGAUUUGCAGUUCACAAAUUUGGAAUUUAAAUUAAGUGCUGUCGUUCUCCCACACAAAGUGCCUACUGUUCUAUCCCGGAUGGUGAUGGCCUUGCAGAAUGAGAACUUGAGUCUUCAGGUUGUUGAUGCAGCUUUCACUUGUCUCAAAGAAGAGUGGAUGAACAAAGUCAAGGUAUUAUUUAAGUUUACCAAGGCAGGGGGAAACAGGAGUGAUGACGACACCAGAAAAUUGUUACAGAUUGUUGGAGCACGAGAGGAGGAUAAAUUAUUGCUCAAGUUCUGGAUGACAGGCCUUAGUGUUCAGUACAAGAAUCAUAUCCGGACAUCCUCAGUUCACAGAUAG